AUGAGGUUAGUCUGCGGAAGCCUAAAUCGGUGGCUUGAAUGAUUGAUCGUAUCGCCCCUUCCCAAGUUCCCAUGGUAUAUAUAUAUAUAUAUGUAGAGUGAGAAACAGAGUUGAAGUAGUAGGUGACUGUGUGUAGUAGUAGUAUAAUCACAUACAUUUCACUUCCGUGCAGAGAUUAAAUCAAUUGAGUAGAGAGAUGGAUUCCGAUUACGGAACAGCGAGAGAACUUUCUGAUCUGCAGAAGCUUCGAUCUCACUACCAACCAGAACUUCCUCCUUGCCUCCAGGGUACUACAGUUUCCGUAGAGUUUGGUGAUGUCACCACAGCUGCGGACCCCUUAGGUGCCCAUACAAUCAGUAGGUCGUUUCCCCACACUUAUGGUCAGCCUAUAGCGCAUUUCCUAAGGGCAUCUGCUAAGGUUCCCGAUGCACAAAUAAUUACUGACCAUCCUGCAGUUAGGGUGGGGGUUGUUUUCUGUGGUAGACAAUCUCCUGGAGGACACAAUGUUAUUUGGGGUCUUCUUGACGCACUAAAAGUUCACAAUCCCAAGAGUACAUUGUUAGGGUUUCUUGGUGGUUCUGAAGGUUUAUUUGCACAGAAAACGUUGGAGAUCACUGAUCAGAUUCUUGCGACCUACAAAAAUCAAGGCGGUUAUGAUUUGCUGGGACGGACAAAAGAUCAAAUUAGAACAACCGAGCAGGUGAAUGCAUCGCUUAAGGCGUGCACAACAUUGAAGCUGGACGCCCUUGUAAUUAUUGGAGGUGUGACAUCAAAUACGGAUGCAGCCCAGCUUGCAGAAACUUUUGCAGAAAGAAAGUGCCCGACAAAGGUUGUCGGCAUUCCUGUUACUUUAAAUGGAGAUCUCAAAAACCAAUUUGUUGAGACAAAUGUGGGUUUUGACACAAUAUGUAAGGUUAAUUCCCAGCUAAUUAGCAAUGUCUGCACUGAUGCACUCUCUGCAGAGAAGUAUUAUUAUUUUAUCCGACUAAUGGGCCGAAAGGCAUCUCAUGUUGCCUUGGAAUGUACUCUUCAGUCCCAUCCCAAUAUGGUCAUUCUCGCUGAAGAGGUUGCUUCAUCGAAGCUCACACUUUUUGACAUUACAAAACAAUUAUGUGAUGCAGUUCAAGCCCGGGGUGAACAAGAUAAGCACCAUGGUGUCAUCCUUUUGCCAGAGGGACUUAUAGAAAGCAUUCCUGAAGUAUAUGCUUUAUUGCAGGAAAUUCAUGGUUUGAUCAAGGUAGGUGUCUCUGCUGAUAAUAUUUCUGCUCAACUGUCACCUUGGGCAUCUGCGUUGUUUGAAUUCCUCCCGCCAUUUAUAAGAAAACAGCUCCUUCUCCACCCGGAAUCAGAUGACUCUGCACAGCUGUCUCAGAUUGAGACGGAAAAGCUCCUAGCUCAUCUCGUUGAAGCAGAAAUGAACAAGCGAUUGAAAGAAGGAACCUACAAAGGCAAAAAAUUCAAUGCCAUUUGCCAUUUCUUCGGUUAUCAAGCCCGUGGGUCAUUGCCAUCAAAGUUUGACUGUGACUACGCCUACGUGCUCGGUCAUAUUGGCUAUCACAUAAUCGCUGCUGGUUUGAAUGGUUACAUGGCUACUGUAACCAAUUUGAAGAAUCCUCUCAACAAGUGGCGUUGUGCUGCUGCUCCUAUAACGGCUAUGCUGACUGUUAAACGCUACGGCCGUGGUCAUGGGGCUUCGAACCUUGGAAAACCAGCUCUUCAUCCAGCAACUGUUGAUUUGAAGGGGAAGGCCUACGAGUUAUUGAGACAAAAUGCAACCAAGUUUUUGAUGGACGAUGUAUACAGAAACCCGGGACCUCUACAGUUUGAUGGGCCUGGUGCUGAUGCGAAGCCAGUUACUCUCUGUGUCGAAGAUCAGGAUUACAUGGGCCGUAUCAAGAAAUUACAAGAAUACCUCGAUAAGGUGCGUUCGAUAGUGAAACCAGGAUGUUCGCCGGACGUUCUUAAAGCUGCUCUAUGCGCGAUGACUUCUGUGACUGAUAUACUUUCUGUGAUGUCGUCACCUUCUAGCGGAACGACCCCCUUCUAGAAGAAAUGCACGCACUUAUUCACGUUUUGAGGCGCUACGACUACCACUAUUUGCCAAUCUUGGAAUUUGAGAUGCCGUUUUAUUCAUUCAGUUUCGUCAUUUUGUCGGACCCAAGUUUGAAAUCCAUCUAGUCCUUUAGAACGAGUCGACUGACUGACUGUAAUAAACUCAGUUUUGUUUCAAGAAUUCCAAUUUAUUUAUUUUCUUGUUUUGUUGUAAAAUUGAGAAAAUAAGUUAUUGCAGUAAGAGGCGUGUGCUCAUUGUUUGAUUCAA